CCCUUUAAUAUUUUGAGACAAUUUUAGAACAAACAAGUCGUGUUUGGACGACUUACAAGUCUGGUGUGUGAUUCUCAUUUACUAUAUGAUGUGCAGUUUUUCUCUGGAACCAAUUACAAAGUCAGCAAGUGUAUGAUGCCUAGUGUUUUAACCUCUUCAGGUUUUAAAAGUCAUUUAGAGUAUUCCAGCCUUUAUUCUUCUCUUUUUGCAGUAGGUACAUGUCUACACAAAAUCAGAUGUUAGUUGGAGGUGUCAUGGUGGGCACGGGUCUGUGGAUUGCCAUCAUAUUCAGCAUGAGGACUGUCCUGAAGGGUCUGCUGUCCUGGCACGGCUGGAUGUUUGCUCCCCAUGGCAAAAUAACCUGUCAACUUCGGAUAUGGCUGAUCCUAGUGAAGGUUUUUUCUGGCAUGCAAACACCAAUGCUAUACAGCUUCCAGAACUCUCUCCCUCAUUUACCUGUGCCAUCUGUGAAGGACACCAUGAGAAGAUAUCUUGAUUCAGUUCGGCCACUGCUGAGCGAUGAGGAACACCAAAGAAUGCAGAGUCUUGCGCUUGGUUUUGAGAAGAACCUUGGACCAAAACUUCAGUGGUACCUCAAGCUGAAGUCUUGGUGGGCCACCAAUUAUGUCAGUGACUGGUGGGAAGAAUAUAUCUACUUGAGAGGUCGUGGGCCAAUCAUGGUUAACAGCAACUAUUAUGUAAUGGACUUUCUUUACGCCUUUCCUACACAUCUGCAAGCAGCAAGAGCCGGCAACGUCAUUCAUGCAAUCAUGAUUUACAGGAGGAAUCUGGACCGGGCUCAAAUGAAGCCGUUAAUGCUUCAGAGCACCAUCCCUAUGUGCUCCUCCCAGUAUGAGCGUAUGUUCAACACCAGUCGCAUCCCAGGCAUAGAAACAGACACAGUUCAGCACAUGUCUGACAGCAGGCAUAUUGUGGUGUAUCACCGAGGCCGUUACUUUAAAGUGGGGAUGUUUUAUGAUGGGCGGUUACUGUUGCCACGGGAGAUAGAGCAGCAGAUGGAGAGGAUUCUGGCUGAAACGUCAGAGCCACAGCCUGGAGAGGAAACCCUCGCUGCCCUAACCGCAGGGGACAGAGUGCCUUGGGCGUGUGCCCGUAAUGCCUACCUCAGACACGGCAAGAACAAGAAGUCUCUGGAUGCUGUGGAAAAGGCCGCUUUCUUUGUUACACUGGAUGACACAGAGCAGCGCUAUGACCCAGCAAACCCUGUGGAGUCCCUGGACUGUUACGCUAAAUCACUGCUCCACGGGAAGUGUUAUGACAGGUGGUUUGAUAAGUCCAUAAACUUAAUUGUCUUCAAGAAUGGAACCUUGGGCCUUAAUGCAGAACAUAGCUGGGCCGAUGCUCCUAUCGUUGGCCACCUCUGGGAGCAAGUGCUCUCGAUGGACCCAGUUAAGCUAGGCUACUCAGCAGAGGGCCACUGUAAAGGAGAAACUCACCAUAAUCUUCCUGGACCUCAAAGACUCCAGUGGAAUAUCCCACCUGAGUGCCAAACUAUGAUUGCCAACUCUUUGUCUGUGGCUGUGGCUUUGGCUGAUGAUGUGGACUCUCACAUCAUCCCCUUCAGUAACUUUGGGAAAGGCCUGAUCAAGAAGUGCAAGAUCAGUCCUGAUGCCUUCAUCCAGCUUGCACUGCAGCUGGCCCAUUAUAGGGACAAAGGAAAGUUUUGCCUGACUUAUGAGGCAUCCAUGACACGUUUAUUCCGAGAAGGCCGUACAGAAACUGUGCGCUCCUGCACCAUAGAAUCCUGUGCUUUUGUCCGUGCCAUGAUCAACAACAAAACGAGAGAAGAGAAACUUCGUUUACUAACCCAGGCCGCUGGGAAACACCAGCAGAUGUAUAGGCUGGCAAUGACUGGUCAGGGCAUUGACCGCCAUCUCUUUUGCCUCUACGUAGUGUCUAAGUACCUUGGACAGGACUCCCCAUUCCUCCAAGAGGUGUUGUCAGAGCCUUGGAAACUCUCUACUAGUCAGACUCCUUUGCAGCAGGGGGAGCUGUUUGAUCUGGUGAAUCACCCAGAGUAUGUGACCAGUGGAGGAGGCUUUGGACCGGUUGCAGAUGACGGUUAUGGUGUGGCCUAUGUGAUUAUCGGUGAAAAACUCAUCAAUUUCCACAUCUCUUCCAAGCGUUCUAGUCCAGAGACGGACUCUCAUCGCUUUGGAAACAAUAUCAGGCAAGCAAUGCUUGAUAUGCUGGAUCUGUUUCAGCUUGACAAAAAGGACCUAAAGUGAUUUGAUUGGUGAAAGGAUUAUGCUUUUAAUGACUCAUGUCACCUUGAUUCUAUAUCGGCAGUGUUGAGAGAAGCUUUUUUGUUUGCAUGUGUGUCUGCGAGAUGCAGCGUAUGAAGGAGAGAAGUAGGCAGGGAGUGUGAGAAUCUCAUUCUGUUGUUAUUUGUGCUGGUGCCUUAACAUAUGUCUUAACUGAACAGUUCAGUGCAGGUGAUCUGAACUUUCACUUUCAGCUUUCAGUAUAUUUUACUGAGAUGUACAGUUUCGUAGAUACUUCAAUAGAUGACAUUCUCUUGACAAGAUAUCAAGGAGCAUAAUAAUCACUUGGCUGAAGUGUUGAGUUUACAAAUCAAGCAAUACGCAGCUCUCCAUUUGUGCUUUCAGUUUGCAUUCUGAUAUUUGCAGUUUUUCAAGUUAAGAAUUAAGUUAUGAAGGAAAUGAUGAGAUUAUGCAGAUGAUGAGUUUCUGAAUAAUAAGUGUGCAGUCUUUUAUUAUGGAUUUUGCUCACAUUUUGCUCUCCAACCUGAUUGAAUGGGUUGGUAUCGUGUCGAUUCAGCAUUGAAAGGUCACUACGUUUUAAUGUGGGAUGUGUUAGAAGGCUUUAUCACAUUAAUUGUACGUUUAUUUUUUAUUUGAUUUCAUUCCAUUUCCUUCCAUCAUAUUUUAUGUUUAGUUUUGAGUGUCAUAUACUGUAAUAAUUUUGGAAAUCAUUGUCAAAAAAUGAUUUAAGUUCUGGGGAAAAAUCUAAUGUAUUCUGAACUCAGUUAUUUAUUUUGUACACAUAAUAAUGUGUUAAUGAAUAAUUAAUGAGUGUCCUCUCAAGGUACAUGUACAUUUAUUUGGAAAUUUAGAAUAAGCAUUAAACAUACCAUAAACAUAUUAAUAAUG